ACGUCAACGUGCCUCGACCGGCCGCGCUCAUGUGAAGGCUUGCGCCCGCCCAUCGCAGAAUGAAGUGUCUGUGGUUGUUUGUGCUCACUGUGCUGUGUACUCGGUGCGAAGCCGCCAACAAGCCAAGGAGAGGACGCGGCAGCAUGUGGUGGGGCAUAGCGAAAGCGGGAGAGCCAAACAACAUAUCACCGAUGUCACCUGGCGUCCUAUACAUGGACGCUGGGGUACACUCCACAUUAAGGCGGAAGCAACGGCGACUCGCCAAGGAGAACCCAGGAGUGCUAACAGCUGUCGCGAAGGGAGCCAACAUGGCGGUCGCCGAAUGCCAACAUCAGUUCAAAUACAGAAGAUGGAAUUGCACCACAAGGAAUUUCUUAAGAGGGAAGAAUUUAUUCGGGAAAAUUGUUGAUAGAGGAUGCCGUGAGACGGCGUUCAUAUACGCAAUAACGAGCGCCGGAGUGACGCACGCGGUGUCGCGAGCCUGCGCCGAGGGCUCCAUCGAGUCAUGCACGUGCGACUACUCGCACUUGGAGCGCACACCGCAUCGCACCCGCGCCGCCGCCGCCGCCAACGUCCGCGUCUGGAAGUGGGGUGGCUGCAGCGAUAACAUCGGCUUCGGCUUCAGGUUCAGCCGGGAGUUCGUCGAUACCGGCGAGCGUGGCAAGACCUUGAGGGAGAAAAUGAAUCUGCACAAUAACGAAGCCGGCAGAGCGCAUGUCCAGUCAGAGAUGCGUCAGGAAUGUAAGUGCCAUGGAAUGUCUGGAUCGUGCACAGUGAAGACUUGCUGGAUGCGCUUGCCGAGUUUCCGUUCCGUUGGCGAUGCGUUAAAAGACCGAUUCGAUGGUGCAUCAAGAGUUUUGAUGAGUAACUCUGAUGUCGAAACUCCCGUACUAAGAAAUGAUCCUGGAGCGCACAGGGUACCGAGAAGGGAUCGAUAUAGAUUCCAGCUCCGGCCGUACAACCCUGACCACAAAGCACCGGGGGCGAAAGAUCUCGUGUAUUUGGAGUCCUCGCCGGGCUUCUGCGAGAAGAAUCCUCGGCUGGGUAUCCCCGGCACGCACGGACGCGCCUGCAAUGACACAAGCAUUGGCGUGGAUGGCUGCGACUUGAUGUGCUGCGGCCGCGGCUACAAAACCGAGACCAAGUUCGUGGUGGAGAGGUGCAAUUGCACCUUUCACUGGUGCUGCGAAGUUAAAUGUAAAACGUGUCGUACGGAAAAAGUGGUCCAUACAUGUUUAUAGAUAGUCGAACGCUAAUGUUGUGUACACGUGUGUGAUCACCGAGAGAAACCGCGCCGUGUGACGGCGGUGCCUCGGUCGCGACGGACGCGAGAGUGGACCUGUUUCAUCGUGAACAGAUAACAAACGGUGUAUAUAAUCGCGUCAUUUAUUCCUCUUCGGAAGAUUUAUGUAAAUAGUUCUUUCUAUGCUACUAUUGAUUUUUUUAUACACUUAUAAAUGAUCGGACCUAAAAUGAAUAUAAACGAUUGCUCGUUUAGUUAAUUUAUUUGGCUAUUAAGUGCGAACAUGUGAUCUAGGAAGUUAACUUUUCUAUACGCUGGCGUUAGGAUAUUAAUGAGGCCAGUUUUACGACGAUUUAUUUCUGUCAGUCCUACCGACUUGCUUACAUACGAAAUUGGACUUGUUGGUUUCCUUACCCGGCAUGAAGCUGUCAAAAUUAUUGAUUCUAAUUACCGCGUUGACAUGAUCUUGAUGUUCCGGAGAAACGAGUCAAAUCACAUUAAACAUGGAAGACUACUUUAAAUGGUAUUAGUCAAUAUCAUUUCAAAGUUUAAUAUUAAUGGAGUUAUUUGCCGUUAUGUUACGACGGCAAUAAUAAUAUCGGCUUUACAAAUAUUUUUUGUUUUAUCGACGCAUGCGUCGGGUGCACGGUCGCAAUAACUGUUUUAAGGCUCGGGAGCGAAAUUAUCUUGUAAUUAUAAUUUUAUAUUAAUUAUUUGGUGAGUUAAUGGAUUCUGUGACUUAAUAUCAUUUGCAUAAAGUGACUUCUUGGGUGUUCGUCGCCCGAAGCUGCGUUCGGCCCUUAUCGGUCAGUAAGUAGCGCCAUCGUAAAAGUGUCCCACAUUACGAGAUAAACGCUCUCGAGAAUUUUAAUUAAAUAUUAAGCGAAUUAAAUAAUCAGUAUUAUACUUAUAAUAGUGCAUGCGUGUUGCGUCCGAUACAUCUAGAUAAAGAAAUACGUUGUCAAUUGACGCAUUGUGCUCAUUUUAAAUUACCGUUCUUUAAAAAAUCUUAUUGUAUAAAAGCAUGUUUAAGUACGUCGUUUUCCUAUUGUAAUAUAGUUUAAUUAUUUCAUUAGUUAGAACUGCGAACUGUUGACUAAUAAAUACAGUGAAAUAAAAAAUAAAACUUUCUAAAAAUAAUUGGGACGUUUUGACAUUCAUUCAAAAAUAGAACUUUAUU